UAUAAUAAUUCCGAAAAUCAUUUCCAAAAUUUUAAUGCAAGACAAGAUGUCAACCCGUACACUACUGUUCGUGAUCGUAGCGGUCAUCUUUCAGAUCCAGGGACAUAACCGUAAAGAAGCUAGAGGCGAUUUAGUCACCAUCAUCAAGGGUUUACGAGAUCUAAAGGAAAAGGCAGACAGCAUUAAGCAGCUUUUAUCGUCUAUAGAUGAAAAUAGCAUUCUACAACUGGAGGCGAAUCUCGUCGGUGAUAAAAAUAACGGUGACUUCCAGAACCCGGUGAAUGAUACUGAUGACAAUCUAAGCGAUUUCAAAGCCUGCAUCGUCGAGGGGCUAGAAAAUAUCAGGAAAAAUAUCCAUAGGUUGGAGUCUCUUUCAUCUUCUAUAGAUAACUAUGAGAUGGAACCAGUCGAGCUUGAUCCCCCAGCUAUCGACGACGACGACUAUGACGUCGAGGAGGAGAAUAUUGAAGAUAUAGAAACCACCUUCAGAGACACUCUGGCCUCUGGUAUAAAUAAUCUCAAGACUAAUAGCGGGAUAAUUUGGUCUCUUCUUGCCCUCGUACAUAAAAACAUCAAUGAACAAAUGGCUUUGCGAGUCGCAAGUGUCAACGGAUACUAUCAGAACGAAAUACUAAUGGGAAGCUGUUCAGGGGAACAGAUCGAUCGAUGCCGUAAUUUAACGGACAGGAUAAUAAAAAGAAUUCAGAAGGAGGUAACUGCCGAUGUAGAUGAGUGCUACCAGACUAUUAGGAAGAACUACACCAAGUAUCACACCAUUGUUAUGGACGAAUAUCUGACGAAACAAAAAGUCAUAGAAGUCAUGUUGGAUGCAGCCUACAGAAAAUUAAUGAGCACUGAAUUCACGGAUGUCUAUAUGGACAAGGCGUCAGCCGUUUUUGAUGACAUGGUUGAAGAUUGGCUAGCAGAUGUAGAAAAGCAGGAACGACUUAAUGUCAACUGGCUGAUUGACCAGAUGGCUCCAAUGCUCUCCUGCACGGAAUCAUCAUGGAACAAAAUAAAAGAAACCCUUCUGAGUCACCACCCCGCUAUAAUGACCUGUGGGGAGUGCAGCGAUUCUGAUGAACUACGGGCCUUAGAGAGCUGGUAUGCAGCUAUAGAAAGUCAUUGAAGUGUGUGAAGUUGUUAUUAAUUGAGGAUAGUCCUUGACGAUUCCAUACACUCAAUUUUUGUGAACUUUUUCUAUUCUCUUAUCAAAAACGGAUUGCUCACGGAGGAAUUUUCAAUUUUCAUGAAGUAAUUGCUGAAAGAAUCUCCAUUUUUCUUCUUUCUCUGUUUUACUAUUUUGUAUGGAUAAAAUUAUUACGAACUAAA